UCUAGCAAAGGUGCAUCACAUAUCCUCCGGGUUUUUGAUUUGACCUCCUUUUCAAGGUCACAGAGGUCAAAUGGUGUAAAUUGGCCGUUAGGAUGUAACGAUGGCACGUUUCUAAACUGCAAUGACUAUUGAUACCAAAUUUGGUACACAUUUACCCCUUAGUCAGGUGAUCUCAGGGACCGAAGUUUGGUCCAAUAUGAUUCACCACUUGACCACCAGGGGGCAAAAUCCAAAAACCUUAAAAAUGUGAUUAUUCCUUAACUUCUCGCCAGAUUGCCACCAAUUUGAUAUCAUGGGUACAUCUAACCACCAUACAGUAUAUGUCACAGGUUUUUAAUUUGACCUUCUUGUCAAGGUCACGGAGGUCAAAUGGCGUAAAUUCGCCGUCAGGCCGUAACUAUGGCACGUUUCUUAACUGCAAUGACUAUUGAUCACAAAUUAAGUACACAUGUACCCCUUGGUCAGGUGAUCUCAGGUACCGAAGUUUGGUGCGAUCUGAUUUGCCGUUUGGCCUCCAGGGAGGGGGCCAAAUCCUAAAUUCUUCAAAAUGCCAUUAUUCCUAGUAAUGACUUCCCCGAUUGUCACCAAUUUUAUAUCAUAGGUACAUCUAAUUCUAACAACCAUUCAAUGUGUCACCCGGGUCUUCUUUGAUUUGACCUACUUUUCAAGGUCACAGAGGUCGAAUGUACUGUAAAUUGGCCAUUUUGGGGAAAUUGUAAUUGCUUGGACCUACAUCAAACCUAACACUACAUGACACAAUACCAUGCUCUUUAUCCAUCUUUCCUCCACAUGAGGUGAGCACAAUGGCCCUGGCCAUUUCAUUCCGAUCCCGAUUGCGGUUUCCGAGAAUCAGGCGCUGGAUCUCGCAUUGCCAAACGAGGACAUUGAACAACAAAAUGGCUAAUUUGUGGGACACUAUUGCGAACUUAAAAUUACCGAUACCAGAACCAUCUGAAGGGGCAGAUGACCAACACAAGGAGGCACCAUCAGGUCCGAAGAUGCUUCGGUACAACCCCGGGUAUGACAUAAGUGUGCUGAAGGAGGUCCUUCUCCUCAAUCCUUUUGAUGACGCCAGUAGAUGGGAUGAGAUUGCAAAGGCCUUUAAUAAAGAGCUCAUGAAAAGGCGCCCCAAUGUGCAGGCCGUCAAUAGUAGAUCAAUCAAGGAGAGGGUAGAGAAAUUGUUGAAAGCUUUUAAAUCAGAGCAAAUGGCGGCACUGAGAAGAUCAGGAACAGCUGAAGAAUACACAGAGAGAGACAGCCUUUUGACUGAGAUAUCUCAGAUGAAGGAUGAAUCGCACGUCAAAAAAGCCUCUGAGACAAAGGGUUCCGAUGACAAAGACAUCAUAAAACAGGGGGAGGCCGUAAGGAAACAUGCCAUGGAAGGCAUGGCAAAAAAAGAUGACUCUACCCCAUCGAAAAAGGUCAGGAGAACACAAUCCAUGUCUGAGUAUGUAGAGUACAAAAAAGCAGAAAUUGAGCUUAGAAAGGAAGAGUUGGAGGUCAGAAAGCAGGAACUGCAAUGGAAAGAGAGGAGAAAGGGAGAAUGUUUUCGAUGA